ACUCAUGCAUCACAACAAAUAAACAGCGGUAUUUGUCAAUAGAAACCGAAACUCCCGAUAAAGGCAAACAUCAUGUAUGAUUGUGUUCUUUAUUAAACUAUAGUUUUACGGAUGUUUCGUUAUUCAAGCUAAACAAAAUAGUAACGUUAUUAUGCCUUGUGUCGUUCCCUUCUGUGAUCCGGAAGCGCAAAGUUUCUCUCUGCCUUUCCCUCGAAGUCACUUUCUGUACGAACGCUGGCGACAGGCAAUCGCGAUCGGUUCCGGCAUUUCGCUUCCAGAGGACACUAAUCCACUGGAAGCGGAGAUUUGUCAGCAGCAUUUCGAAGAGGUUGACGAGUACAGUGAACCGGUUAUUUUUCACAACCAAAGCUCGAACCGCGUAGUUCACUUGUCGAGCUGUCGACUGUGCUUGCGGUUUGAUUUCAUCGAACGAACUGUUCCCCACAUGAUUGGUCAGACGAUUGGUGAUGUUUCGGUUGAGGAGUUACUGAAGAAUACAUUCAACACUCAGUUCGCUUCGGGCGAUUAUCCGGUAAAAAUAUGCGAAGAAUGUCUUGUUAAGCUGGAUGUAGUUGCAACCAUUCGAAAACAUUUUGUCGAGCGAUCCAAGUGUUGGCGACGGAUGGAAAUCUUUAUUAAUGAGGAAAAUCGCUUGCGCUACAAGAAAGCAACUAGACCUUAUCUUAGAGCGACGAUAACCCCGAAAAAGGAAGAGAAUGAGCUUAAGGUGGAUUUGACAGAACAGGAAAAGGAGACUGAAGUUGAGAGAGCUAGUGAAAGAUUGGAAAUAAACACAGAAAUAGUUAACGGUGGAUCGGAUGGAGCCGAAACGAUAGACGAGGAUAACGAUAUCAAUGAUACGGAAGAGGACAAUGAUAAUGAAUAUGCCCUGAGCGAGAAAGCUGUCGAAGAAGUCGAGGAACCCUCUGAAAAACCAAUCGCGAAACGAGGCAGAAAACGAAAAACAAAAGUCGGUGAACCUAAAAUUAGGCGACCAGUUGGUAGACCGCGAGGAAGAUCGCUCCAUGUUCCGAAAGAAAGGAUACUGAUAAAAGGAUUGACAGAGCGUAAAUGCUACAUGUGUGUAAAAUUAUUCGAUACCGCAGAGGAAUUGUUCUCUCACAUCGUAGCUCAUGUUGAUCAUAUUCUGCACUGCGAAGCAUGUGAUGAAUCGUUUCCGAAUCUGACCAAAUACAACAGGCAUCUGGCAAAACAUGACCCGAUCGAAAGGCCAGUCAAAUGUGACCACUGCGAGCUACGGUUUACCGAUGGGCUCGGAAAGCGACGACACGAGAAACAGAAACACAACAUUGACCAUCCGGUCUCAACGUUCCAUAACCCAACAAAGCGCAAGGGGAAAUAUACGUGUCAACAUUGCGGUAAACAGUGUUUAUCGAUGUCAUUCCUGAGAGAACAUGAAGAUGCCCACGCUGGCAUAAAGCGUCAUGAAUGUAAGUCUUGCGGGCGACUUUUCGCCAAUAAAAAUAAUUUGGAACGACACCACCUCAUUCACACUUCAGAGAAGCCCUACAAAUGUGACAUAUGUGGUAAAGCUUUCCGACAGUCCCCCAUGUAUAAAGAUCAUCUUCGGUUGCACUCGGGAGAAACGCCCUAUGGUUGUAAUGGGUGUGAUAUGCGCUUCACGUCAACCACGUUGCUAAGAAAGCACAAAAUACGCCAUCACGGAGCAGCUCCUUCGCAAUCGAAUUCGGGAUUAUCGACCCCCCGAUCGCAUAACUAUUGCCGGUUUUGUUUUGUGUCCUUCAAGCGACAUUCUCUGCUGGUGGAUCAUAUCGAGCGUUUGCACGAAAGUGAAGACGUCGAAUAUUUCCAGUGUCACGUCUGUGAGCAACGUUUCGUAGAGAAGCAUGCUUUCGAAUCUCACGUGCGUAAUCACGAGAAGAAUUUCCAGUGCGAGUACUGUGACAAAGCGUUCAGCACGCUACAAGCGCUCAAAAUGCACGAAGCCAUUCACGACGGCGUUCGGGGCUUCACGUGCAAGACCUGCUCGAAAUCCUUCACACACAUUGCCAACCUGAAGCGUCACGAGCUGCUUCAUCUGGGCAUUAAAAGGCACGAGUGUGAAUUCUGUGGAAAACGCUUUGCGCAAUCCAAUCAACUGCACACUCAUCGAAGAACUCACACCGGUGAGAAACCGUACGAAUGUCACAAGUGUGGGAAGCGGUUCGCCGAUAACAGCACGCUGUGCAAGCACCGAAAAAGUGUGUGCAAACAAGUUUAGAGUGAAAAUAAUCGA